GAUGCCAUCAACCUCUUCAAGAUCAACCCCCACUUUGGCACCAAAGAGGACCUGAAGCAGCUCUCGAAGAGCUUGCACGACAGGGGCAUGUGCCUGGUCUUGGACAUCGUGCUGAACCAUAUGCGUUCUCUGAAAGUGAACGGGAAGCUGAAUCUUUCGUCCAUUGUGCCUUUCGACAAGCCUGAGUACUACCACCAGCGUGGCCGCCGACCGGACCAGUCCUUCGAGGAGUAUCUCUUGAACGGCCCACCGCCGGCAUUCGAUGGCUCCACCGACAGCAAAAACCUGGCGACUCUGGUGAAGGAGGGGAAG